AUGAGCGAAUAUGAGAACUAUGCUCUGAUGCCUCAGCUCUUUAUUCAGGCCAUCCAACAUGCUCAUUCUUUCUUAGUACAAUCUUUCCAGAACCAGGAGAAGCUGGCCGAGAAGAAGAAGGAGGUCUCCAGUUUGCAAAAGACUAACAAAAAUCUACAGUCAAAGAUGAAGACUUUGGAGGAUCAGGCCGAGGCUGCCAUCAAAGCUCAAAACGACACCGAAGAAAAUGCAGACUUUGUUGAGGCCAUCAAGAAGGUGCUUGAGGUCGAAAAGAAGGAUGCCGAGGAGAAAACGGCCCAGACCCAAAAAGAAUUGCAAGACGCUCUGGCCACAAAAGAGGCCAAAGUCAAGGUAGCCGAUGAGAAGGGCUACAACAAAGAGGGUGAGGAGGUUCCCAAAUAUACUGCACCUCAAAAGGUGAUAUCGGACGUGCCUAUUGCCGACAAGAGUCUUGAUCAAACUUUGCAAGAAAUUGACGCUGAGCUUACGGCUGAGAAGGCCGCCGAGAUGUCUUCUCAUGAUGGUAGUGGUGGUGGUGGCGGUGGCAGCGGCGGCGAUGGUGGUAAUGGUAGUGGGGGCAUGGCGGUGAUGGUGGUGGUAGCAUGUGAUGGUAGUGGUGGUGGUGGCGGUGGCAGCGGCAGCGGCGGCGAUGGUGGUAAUGGUAGUGGUGGCAUGGCGGUGAUGGUGGUGGUAGCAUGGUAG